AUGGACAACGCUUGCUACCAACUUCCGGUUAAAUUGGCAAAUCCUUCUCUUUUUGACGGCAGGGGUUACUUUGCGGGAAAAUGGAGGCACGAUGCUUCGAACAAGACGUUUUCAGUCACUGAACCUUCCUCGGGUCAAGUUCUUGCUUUCUGUGCCGACUUUUCCCAACGAGAUUUUGUGGAAGCCAUUGAAAAUGCCGAUCAUGGAUUUCGAGAGUAUUUCUCAGGGACUACUGCCAAGCAGAGAGGGUCGCUCCUUCGACAAUGGUGCCAAUUGAUUUUGGAGAAUACGGAAGAUCUUGCAAAGAUACUCUCCCUUGAAAACGGUAAAACUUUGACAGAAUCAAAGGGCGAGAUAGCCUAUGCAGCAACCUUUGUAUCAUGGUUUGCCGAAGAAUCAGUUCGAUCAUAUGGGGAUGUCAUUCCUUCUUCAUAUCAAGAUACAACCGUCUUAACUCUGAAAGAACCAGUUGGCGUAUGCGGAAUCAUCACUCCAUGGAACUUCCCAGCGGCGAUGAUCACCCGUAAGAUUGCCCCUGCUUUUGCGGCAGGCUGUUCGGUCGUCAUAAAGCCGCCAAGUGAGACCCCUUUCACUGCUAUUGCCUUGGUCAAGCUUGCCUUGCAGGCCGGAUUCCCCGCCGGGGUCGUACAUAUUGUACCUACCAAAGAUCGUAACGCGUCUUUGGAGCUCGCCACGCAUCCAAAGAUCAAAAAGCUAAGCUUCACUGGAUCUACAAAUGUCGGAAAGAUGCUCACGAAGCUCGCCGCCGAUACAAUGAAGCGAAUCAGCAUGGAACUCGGUGGGAAUGCGCCGUUUAUUGUGUUCGAGGAUGCAGACCUCGAAAAAGCGGUGGAAGGAGCCUUGAUCUGUAAAUUUCGCUCUUCGGGUCAGACUUGCGUCUGCACAAACCGGCUAUUUGUGCAUCAGAAUGUCCUGGAAGAGUUCACUAAAAGAUCGAUUCAACGAGUCCAGUCAUUCAAAUUAGGCCGUGGAAUCGACGAAGGUGUCACCCACGGGCCUCUUGUCAAUGCCGCUGCUGUGGAGAAAGUCAAAAGUCAUGUGCAAGAUGCAAUCAAGAAGGGAGGUCAACUUCAGUGUGGUGGUGAUGUACCCGCUGGUGGUUCCUCUGGGUACUUCUACCAACCAACCAUCAUCACCAACGCUAAAAAGGAUAUGCUUCUUGCAAACAAUGAAACUUUCGGGCCCGUUGCUGCUAUAUUCUCAUUCUCUUCCGAAGAAGAAGUCAUUGCAUUAGCGAACGACACCGAGGUUGGCCUGGCAGGGUACUUCUUUAGCGAGAACAUCAACCGCGUUCUUCGCGUUGCACAACGACUUGAAUGCGGCAUGAUUGGUGUUAAUACGGGUUUAAUCAGUGCAGCCGAGGCACCGUUUGGAGGCGUCAAAGAGAGUGGCAUCGGGCGAGAGGGAAGCAAAUAUGGACUGGGUGAAUACCAGAAUAUCAAAGCUGUGACGAUUGGAACUUCCCAAAGUAAAUAAUUUCAUUGUCGGAUAAGUUGCUGCAAUUUCCUAUUCUAGGCAUUUAGACCUAGGUAGCUCAAACUCUUGAAUUCAAAGGGAUUUUUCAUGCGUGAGA